AUGGCCAACAAUGACAGGGUGUCCAGCUGCUCAGUGCAGGAGCUGCGUGUGCUCAUGCAGCUGAGAGGAGAGGAGGCACUAAGUAGGAUCCAUGAGUCUUAUGGAGACGUUAACAGACUGUGUGCCAAACUGAGGACGUCACCUGUUGGUGGUUUAGAUGGAAACUCGGAGGACAUCAAAAGAAGAAAAAAACAGUUUGGAGCAAAUUUCAUCCCUCCUAAAAAGCCAAAAACCUUUUUGCAGUUAGUAUGGGAAGCCCUGCAGGACAUAACACUUAUCAUCCUGGAGGUGGCUGCCAUCAUUUCAUUAGGUCUUUCUUUCUACUCACCACCAGAUGCUGAUAGAAAGCACUGUGGCUCGGCAGCUGGUGGUGUAGAGGAGGAGGGCGAGGCGGAGGCCGGCUGGAUUGAAGGUGCUGCCAUCCUGCUCUCUGUGGUUUGUGUGGUUCUGGUAACGGCCUUCAACGACUGGAGCAAAGAGAAGCAAUUCCGCGGCCUCCAGAGCCGCAUUGAGCAGGAGCAGAUGUUCACCGUGGUCCGAGGGGGGCAGGUUGUUCAGAUCAAAGUGACAGAGAUUGUCGUCGGUGACAUCGCACAAGUGAAAUAUGGUGACCUCCUUCCUGCUGACGGCAUCCUGAUUCAGAGUAACGAUCUCAAGGUUGAUGAGAGCUCUCUGACUGGAGAGUCGGAUCAUGUCAAGAAGAGUUUGGACAGAGACCCUAUGAUGCUUUCAGGUACCCAUGUAAUGGAGGGCUCUGGUAAGAUGGUGGUUACUGGUGUAGGUGUGAACUCACAGACUGGAAUCAUUUUCACGCUGCUUGGUGCCGGUGAUGAAAACAGUAGCGAGGGCAAGGAGAAAGAGGAGCCGAAGAAGACAGAGAAGAAGGAAAAGCAAAAGAAAAACAAAGUUGAUGCUGCUGAGAUGCAGCCAAUCAAAGAGGAUGGACAACCAGAGAAGAAGAAGAAAAACGUUUCCAAGAAGGAGAAGUCAGUCCUCCAGGGGAAGCUGACCAACCUGGCGGUGCAGAUUGGCAAAGCAGGUCUGUUUAUGUCAGCUCUCACCGUCCUCAUACUUAUCACCCGUUUCCUGAUCGACACCUUCUGGAUUCAGGGAGUUCCCUGGUCCAGAGACUGUCUGCCCAUCUACGUGCAGUUCCUAGUCAAGUUCUUUAUCAUCGGUGUGACUGUGCUGGUGGUGGCCGUGCCAGAAGGUCUCCCUCUGGCCGUCACCAUCUCCCUGGCCUAUUCAGUCAAGAAAAUGAUGAAAGACAACAACCUAGUCCGCCACCUGGACGCCUGUGAGACGAUGGGCAACGCCACGGCAAUCUGCUCAGACAAGACGGGCACGCUCACCAUGAACCGCAUGACAGUGGUGCAAGCCUUCAUGGCUGGACGCUACUACAAGGUAAUGGCGCAGCCGGACCAGAUCCUCCCCAUGAUCCUGGAUCUGCUCAUCAUGGGCAUCAGUGUCAACUGCGCUUACACCUCCAAGAUUUUGCCUCCAGAGAAUGAGGGCGGGCUGCCCCGCCAGGUGGGAAACAAGACUGAGUGUGCCUUGCUAGGAUACACCCUUGCGCUGCACAAAGACUACCAGACUGUUCGCAAUAUGUUCCCUGAGGAAAAACUGUUCAAGGUGUAUACCUUUAACUCAGUGAGGAAGUCCAUGAGCACCGUGCUGAAGAACCCCGAUGGCAGCUACCGCAUGUUCAGCAAAGGGGCCUCUGAGAUCCUGCUCAGGAAGUGCAGUAAGAUCCUGAUUGAAACCGGUGAGGCCAAAGUCUUCAAAGAGCGGGACAAAGACGAGUUGGUAAAAAAAGUGAUCGAGCCGAUGGCGUCAGAAGGCCUGAGGACCAUUUGCCUUGCCUACAAAGACUUCCCCACCGAUGAUGGAGAGCCAGACUGGGACAACGAGAGCAACAUCCUCUCUGGCCUCACCUGCAUUGCUGUGGUUGGCAUUGAAGACCCUGUACGACCUGAGGUACCAGAUGCUAUCAAAAAGUGCCAACGGGCAGGGAUCACUGUCCGCAUGGUGACAGGAGACAACAUCAACACUGCCCGUGCCAUCGCCAUCAAAUGUGGCAUCCUUCAACCUGGAGAUGACUUCUUGUGUCUGGAGGGCCACGAGUUCAACCAACGGAUCCGCAACGAGCAGGGAGAGGUUGAUCAAGAGCGCUUUGAUAAUGUUUGGCCAAAACUGCGAGUUCUCGCCAGAUCGUCUCCAACAGACAAACACACUCUGGUUCAAGGUAUCAUCGAAAGCACAGCGCUGGAGCAGAGACAGGUAGUUGCCGUAACUGGAGACGGAACAAAUGAUGGACCUGCCCUCAAGAAAGCGGACAUAGGCUUCGCCAUGGGCAUUGCAGGUACGGAUGUGGCGAAGGAGGCAUCUGACAUCAUCCUGACAGACGAUAACUUCAGCAGCAUUGUGAAGGCUGUGAUGUGGGGCAGGAAUGUCUAUGACAGCAUCUCCAAGUUCCUGCAGUUCCAGCUCACCGUCAACGUGGUUGCCGUCAUCGUGGCCUUCACUGGAGCCUGCAUCACCCAGGACUCUCCUCUGAAAGCUGUGCAGAUGCUGUGGGUCAACCUCAUCAUGGACACUUUCGCCUCGCUGGCUCUUGCCACUGAACCGCCAACUGAAGCGCUGCUGCUCAGGAACCCGUACGGCCGCAAUAAGCCACUCAUCUCCGUCACGAUGCUGAAGAACAUCCUGGGACAUGCUGUGUACCAGCUGAUUGUCAUCUUCACCCUGCUCUUUGAGGGUGAGAAGAUGUUUAAUAUUAAGAGCGGCAGGAACGCCCCCCUCCACUCCCCACCCUCUGCGCACUACACCAUCGUGUUCAACACUUUCGUUCAGAUGCAGCUGUUCAACGAACUAAAUGCCCGCAAGAUUCACGGCGAGCGGAACAUCUUCAAAGGCAUCUUCAACAACCUCAUCUUCUGCACCAUCCUCCUAGGAACCUUCGUCGUACAGUUCAUCAUUGUGCAGUUUGGUGGUAAACCGUUCAGCUGUGUGAGUCUGAGCGUUGAGCAGUGGCUGUGGUGCGUCUUGCUGGGAUCCGGCAGUCUCGUGUGGGGACAGGUGGUGACCUGUAUCCCCACUAGCUGGCUCAAGUUCCUGGGGAAAGCAUGUCAGUGCACUCAGCGGAAUGGAAACCAAGAGGAUGAGAUGGAGGACCAAGAUGAGACUGACCAAACUGAGGAGGAGAAGCAAAAGGGGAACUGGUUCCGCAACCGGAACCGCAUCAAGACGCAGAUCCAUGUAAUGGCCGCCUUCAGAGGUAGCCUGUCUCCUUAUGAAAGUCUGGAGAAACACGGUUCUCGCGGUUCCAUAGACCUCUUCAUGGCCCAACACAAGUUCCAUAGCAAGGAGUCGGUGCCUCAGAUCGCACUGCAGCUGCCCACCCCGCCCAACACCACUCCUCCUGCCUCAAACUGA